GAAUGAAUAUAUGCUUAAACAAAUAAAAAUACCAACAGUGAAAUAUAAAAAAUUAUAGCGGCCUCCUUUAUUACUGCCUGAUUUAAAUCUGGCCUCUAGUGGUAAAAAGGUUCCCCACCUUUGGGUUAUUGUAUAGGAAGAAAUAUCAAGAGGAAGACAAUUUGUGUCCUAUAUUAGGAUAAAAUUUCGCGAUUUCGUUAUAAUUGUAAGUUUUAAGAUUGUAAAUAUAAAUUCCACCUACGUGUCAUAUAUAUUAUGUUUCGUGUGCUGAUAAGGUAUUAUGUAUUUUGUUUUGUGAUUAAUGUAUUGAUUUUGGAAACAUAUAAACGAUCGAUGUAUUUUCUGCGAAAUAUUUUUGUGUACACUGCAAUUAUUAAAACACACACAGUAGUAUUAUAGACGUGAUACACAAGGCUAAACGAUUAGAUCCAUGAAUCUUGUAAAACUGAAUUCUUUGGCAUCAUAAUGUUUGUGUAAAAAGACCAUUUAGUACAUGCUUCGCAGAUAACAAAUUUGUGCUUUUUUUAUUUAUAAAUAUUUCAUUAAAUAUAACAUUUACCAUGGGAGGAAAUUUAGACUCCGAUGGAGCAAAUUGGAAGUAAUUCUUUACGAUAGAAAUUAAGAAACGUUAAUAUUUCACGUCAACUAUAUUAUAGCGGCCGCUUUCUUCUAAGUCAUGGCUGACAAGCGGCCUAAGCGGCUAGAUGGCGUCACAUGCAAUUCCAAAAUCGUUUGAGGUAUGUGUAUGGUGUAUGUACCGUUUGUUGAUAUAAAAUGAUAUAAAACUGUCAUAGCUCAGUCACAAUUCACAAUACAGAAUCCUUUUGAAAGAGCCUUGAGAAAAAUGCGAAAGUCUCGAUCUCCAAGUUCUUUUAUAAAUGAAAAUUUACAUUUAUAAAAAUCAACAACUUAGAGAAUUCUGUCUUUGACUUUUUUCAUACAAUCGACAAUCUUGAAUUAGAUAACAGAAGUGGGGUUAACAGAAUACUCAAAUGUUUCGCACGUCUCUCUCACAGUGAUUACAGAGCAAGUAAAUAAAAGUUCGAUAACUCGUUUUAAUACAUAUGGAGGGCUACUAAUUGAUAAAGUAUGGAAAAUUCUUUACAAAAUCAAGACAUUAGAUGUAAAAGUAAUCCAAUCGUUUUUUUAGAUAUAGCAAUUGACAGAGAAAAAGUUGGAAGAAUUGUGAUUGAGCUUUUUAAGGAUGUUGUACCACGAACAGCUGAGAAUUUCCGUGCACUGUGCACUGGAGAAAAAGGUACCGGAGCCAGUGGGAAACGUUUACAUUACAAAGGAUCAAUAUUUCAUAAAGUGUUAUCACAAGUUAUGAUCCAAGGCGGAGAUAUAAUAAAUUUUGAUGGAACCGGUGGAGAAAGUAUAUACGGAAAAGAAUUUGAAGAUGAAAACUUCAAACUUUCCCAUACACUGGCAGGACUACUGAGCAUGGUAAAUAAGGGUUACCCAGACAGCAACAGUUCUCAGUUUGUCAUUACACUUUCAGCUAGUAUACACUUGGAUAAAACCAAUGUGGUUUUUGGUAAAGUUUUAAAAGGUAUGGGUGUCGUGUAUGAAAUUUCUCAAGUUAAAACAGCGUAUGAUGUACCUGUUCAGAGAGUACAAGUAAUCGACUGUGGUGAACUGCGAUUGGAAGAAGACUGGGGUAUGGAAGAGAACGAUGGUACUGAAGAUGUAUUUACACCAUGGCCAGAAGAUUGGAAUUAUUCCACAGAAAUCAAAGAGCUCGACUGCACGUAUAUAGUGGACGUUAUUAAGAAGAUAAAAGAUUCAGGAAAUCGUUAUUUUUCACAAAACAAUUAUAUAGAUGCAGGAAGGAAGUAUAAGAAAGCAUUACGCUAUUACAAAUGGAUGAACAAGACAGUCGGUCAAGUUGAAAGAAAGAAAUUACCGUGAAACUUUGACCCUUUGCACAGAGAAGUCAAGCACACAUGGGAUUAAACGAACACAACUUGUGUUUAGCAGACCUAAGACGAGCUCUUUUAGAAUCUCCUAACAAUAAAGACAU